CAUACACUUCCCACUGGCCAUCUUCCCUUUCCAGGUGCGCCAUCUCAACCCCGGCUGCGUUGGCAACCUUCUGAAAGGCUCAGCGAGCUACUCGUACUAACUAGGGUAGUUCUGCCGAACUGGUUCCUUCCGAGCCCUUGUGCUGCGAUCCAUCACUCAAUUCGUUCACCCUAUCUCAAUUCCGACCAUCCUUCCUGCGGACUUGUUCCACCCACCUCACUUCGCAUCUUCUCCUUCUUCUGCUUUACCACCAUAUACAUUCAAUGACUUUACUGAGGCCGCUUUCUAGUGACUCAUACCAAUAGCGACUGCCUCGUUGCCUUACAGUCCGUUAUUCAUCUGUCCCCACACGCUUGGCCAGUUCAACUCUUGCGCCGAUUUGGUCCGCGCUCUCUGUACCCUCGGAUUACCCAGGUGACCUCGAACGUAGGACCAGCCACACGACGGAACCUGCUCGAGUAGCCUAGCCAUCACCUUCGUGGAGGCAUAACACGCCUUCUUGCUUCCAUUCCUACUAUCAAGAUGAUCAGGUCAUGACCUCGAACCCUCCGGCCGAAUCGCGGCCUCCUUCGUUAAGAUGUCCUCCCGAUUUGCAUCGACCUUCUCUCGAUCGAGCCGGGAGCGAUAUCUUUCCACCCAUUGGCAGAAGGCCACCCGGUUUACAGAGACAAAAUACUGAGUCCGGGCAGGAUAGACCGGCCAAACGAAGGAAAGUGGAGGGAGAUGUCCAACCAAAUCAGGCUUCUACUUCCAGCAAUGGCUCUACAGUCACGGCCAUAAUAAACGCCACCACACCGACCGAUACCAAAGGCCCUCAGCUACGUCUUGUAGCGCCUGCGGCUUUGCAAUUGGAAUUUCGCACUUUGCAGGACAAGAAGUCGGAACCUUUGGUUGAUCAAGAGCCGCCGGAUUUUCCAGGCCGUCCGUGGAAUCCUUCUCAACAGUUCAAAGCUGCCGAUGGGUCACAACCUUCUCAUCGGUCUAGAGUCUAUGUUCCUGUACCCACGACUCCUGAUUCUUUGGAUCCGCCUGGCUCGGCGCCACGUUUUGUUCCCAAGCGAGCUGCCGGCUUCUUUCCCUGGACCGGAAAGCACCCCGAGGACGUAUUGAACGACACCAACGUAAAGCAAGGAUAUUUCGAUAAACCACCGAAUCCGACCGAGAAAGAGCUGAACACGGCUCGGGUGCCACUAUAUAACGCAUUCAAGCACAAAUCAGGCGUGGACAGCUUAUCCACUCUGUUUUCUCUCAUCUUAGACAAGAAGAACCAGCAAAGUCUCAUCAAUCCUCACACGACUUUCAAGCCUCCUCCAAGAGUCACCCUGACCGAAGCGAAAAGGAAGUCAUGGAUUGCAGAUCUGGCCAAUGCGGAUGUGCCGUUGAGAAAGCUGAGCAGGACUAUUCCACAAGGCAUUCGGGGCCAACUCCUGCUUGAUCAGUGUUUGCAGAACGUUGUCCCCAUGAGUCGUGCAAUAUGGUUCGCAAAGUGCGUCUGCGCAAACGAAAUUCGGACGUUGAAGAGAAAGGGGACUACGCCGGCUCUUGCGAUGGGCGCCGAAGGAAAAUGGCUACGCGAAUGGACCAUUAACGUGGAGCAGUUCUUGGAAGCCCAUUUGGCACAAAUUGGCAGCAUAGGUUGGAGGUCCAAUAUUCAAUAUGCGGUCCGUAUCACUACGCGGCUUUACAUGGAGAACCUGCUUGACCGCGACCACUGUCUCGACUGGAUACUCCGAUCUUUUGCCACUUCACCACUAGAUCAACUACCUUUUUGGCUGAUGAUUACCCAUAUCUUCAGGCAGGAUAUGAGUUACUAUCGAAGGCGGGGCAAAAGGUUUGCCGAAACACUUAUCGAGAAAUAUGAGCUGGUGCGCACAACUGCCGGUCAGGCUGCAGUUCCGCUCACGCAAAGACUGCACCAUGCGAUCCGCGGCCUACUCCUCACUCGCCCAAGGAAUUUUCUCAUGCCGGAUAAAUGGCCAGAAAUAUAUCCCAUCAUCCGAACAUGCCUCGAUGGAAAAGUUCAGCAGGAACGACAAAUCCUGGAUGAACUCAAUCGCAUCAAUGAAAGGGCAAUGGGUUUCAACAAGCGACAAUUUUCCGCCAAACGCUCACCAGUACAGGCGAUUGUGGAGGUUUUAGACUCUCUUCACGCACCAUUUGAUGUGGCCAAGCUCGCAGAAACCCUGACAACAGUCUGCCUUGAUGCUGAUGUCGUCAUCUUCUCGUGCCUUGAAUGGGCAUGUACACGCUUUCAGUCUUCCAAUGCCCGAAUAUACCUCUUCGCUCGUUUGAUCCGACGGUGGCAACGAGCAGGUCACGACACAGAUACUGUCAUCUUGAACUAUCUUUCCGCUUACAGGGAAGGAAAGACAAUGACGGACGUCCAGUGCUUAAGUCAUCUGAUUGCGCAACUCUCGAGGUCGAAUUCUUUUCCAACGGCCAAAUAUUUGCAGUGGCUUAUGGUAAGGGGUCUUCCCAAAAAGGGAACAGUUCGCCUGGAUACUACUACCAUACCGGAUGCUGGCAUGUCUUCCUCGGACUCCAGCCAUUUCUUACUUGAUUUGUCCCUACAAAAUGCAGGAGAACAUGUUCUCAACCUGCGGAACUCACUUUUGGAACGUUGUGGCUUCGAUUUGAGUUCGGAAAGAGACCUUUACAAUCAUUGUAUCCAGUAUAUCGGGCAAGAGUUGUCACAGCUAGGUCCAAGCUCUCGGUCGGAGACGUCGAGCAUAGCGGAGCCUGCCUUGGCUGCCCUGCCCUGGUCUAUCAAGUCGAGGAUCUCUCUGUGGCUUCGUUCGAGAGUUGUGCAGACCGCGAUGCAUGAUGUGCCUGGAAUUUCAUCACCUUUAAGUAUGCUCUCCACCUUGAGGCUGAACUGCGAACAGUUCUCGUUCAUUCGAUACGUUCUCGAAUGCAUGAAUGAUCAGGCUGUUCUUGCUGAUGUGAUUGGAAUCUUGUGCAGCUCGCAAGAUGAUGAUUUGGUGGCGUCGCUUGUGGCUACGAUCCAGUAUCACGCUGAACCCUUCAUGGCAAUAGGCGCUUUCGAAGUGCUACACAAGAGGGCGUGCCAGAUCUACAUGACUUGGCGCACUACCAAACCAGCAAUGACGCUCCUCACCAAUGCUCUUCUCGAGCUUUGCACCGCAUUUCCCGUCAAGACGCCAACACUAAAGUUCUUGCAGCAGAAUUUUGUUCGAGGCGACAGGGGCCGGGCAGUCGCGGCGUGUUCUCCGUACAGUGACGGUAUUGCUGAAUCAUUACAGCAAGCGGGAGCUACCUUUGUGGAAGACUUCGAGGCCAUAUUACAGUCCGAACCCAACAUGACUGAGCAGACCAUGAAUGGACUCUUUUCGGUUCUUGUGGACCGAAUCGAAAAACAGCAGAACUUUGGAGACGAUUCGCCAACCAUGUUCUCAUUCUGCCUGCUACUGAGUCGCUUGCGGUUGUGUAGAAAGGCUCAGGCAGAUCAGCUGAUCCAGCAGUGGUUGGGAAAACUGGCGCCGUUUCUUGACGGCGAUUUUGGUCCUGUCAUCUUUCAAAACCUCAUUGGGGCUGGAUGUCUCAACUUCGUCGGCUUUUUCGAAGCUAUCAAUAUCUCGAAAUUGGCAUUGAGCAAGCUGCCUUCGGCCACAGCUCUGCUGCGCUAUGUCACUUCACCAGACAAGGGGUUGUUGGGCAAUGCUGCCCUCUACCACACUCGGACUCAGUGGUCUAACUAUUGCCAUCAAGAACCCCGGCGCGUAUUAGAAGUGCUUUGCCAAUUGGGAAAGGAGAAUGUUCAAAACCCGUCGGAAACCCGCCUCGUCUACCUCCUGGCAAAUGACCGUACCCUUACCUCAUCCGCCUUGCCCGAGCCAGCAGCAAAACGGCUGGUGCAAGCACUCGAUCAUUUGCUGAGCUGCGACCGUGGUGGGAACAUUGAUUCUGCCAACUUACGACCCCUGCUCGACUCCGUCAACAUCUUCUCACACCGAUAUGUACGGUUGCGGCUAUGGCUGAUCUCACACCUCGGAGCAGAACAUACCGUUCCUGUGGAUCAAGGUCAACUAGUGGAAGCUCUUACAGACGCACUGGAGCAGAUGCUGCAUGAAGCGGAUGGAGCCCAAAACGACGAUUCUCGAAUUGCACAAUUGCUUGAAGCAGUGGGACCCGAAGUUGCCAACAGGCUCCGACACAAGGUGGAACACGAAUUCCUGGAGGCGUUACCGAGGUUUCCACCCAGCAAGACGACAAGUCCGUUGUCGGCAAUGUUCCCAGGCGACGUCCACCAUCUUUCUUCUAUCGUCAAUCGAGCAUUUCGUGUUUGUACAAAAGACACCAAUCCUAUGCCUGGAUUUGCGGGACAAUUGAUCGAUCGACUGUCACAGUUCUUCAAGUCUCAGGGUAACAAUGUGGCGACCCCUAAUUCUGCGGCAAUACCUGGGCUGUCAGGACAUUCCGUCAAUGGAAGCCCUGCUCAAAUGAUGUCGGUCACAUCCAGCCCGCACGCAAGCUCUUCAGAUGGUGUGGGCGGGGCCAAUGGGUGGGCGAUCUUGAGCUGCCUGGACCAUAUGCUCCAAAUGGUAUGCCUGCAAAGGCUGGCAGUGAUUUCUGCAGGACGUAGCGGAGCAAAUAUCAAGCAGGGUCAAACGGAGCAAGUCCAGCUUCUCGUUCGACUCGGACUCAUCUUUACGCACCCUACGAUUUCUUCUGCGUCGAAACAUCUGAGCAACAAGCAAGAACAGGAGAAGGUCAAGAACGUGCAUGAUUUCAUUCUUGACGUGCUUGCCACGAUUGUGGAUGAGGUCGGCGACGAGGUUAAGAUGAUGUGUGGGAAGUUAUUGAAGGACAAGCUCCACGAUGCCCGACUUAAAUAUCUCUUUGGCAGCGUCAACACUACAGGAUCUCUACAAGCGCAGGACAUGGGCCAUGGAUUGCAAAUGUUCAAAGAGGGUAAAGGGAUGAUUGGAGAAUGGAGGCCGCGUGUCUGGGAGGUACUGGACAACGGCAGCGGCAAAGAGAAUGAGACGUCGUUGGGUCUGGGUCUUUUUACUGCCCGACGCGGAAGAGCUACGGAGGAUUGAAAGCACAAAGCAAGGCCCAGAAGCGGAUUUUUGGACACUUCGACGCUGAUUUUGCUUGAUGAGCGACACCCGGAUGGUCGACAUUGUUAUGUACAGCCAUUUACGACGUGAUGAAAUGUGUUUGUCCAUUUUGCUUUUUCUGUGGUUUUAUUGGCAGGUCCAGCCUCUAGGGAAGGUGGAAAUUGGACAAGGGACGGGGGGUUUCUAUGAGGAUAGAUGCUAGAGACAAGUCGGUGUUGUCAGCACCCAUUGUCACGGGGGUCUUUGCAUGUGACAAGAUCCAUCAGGCAGAUGAUAGAUGUAUGCAUGGCGUGGCUAUCCAGAUGAUAUCUGCACAACAUGAAAACCCCAUCACGGUGUCGAAUCUGAAUGUGAUGCUUGCGUCUCUCUGAAUCAUCUGAUGAGUGAUUGAGUGAUGGUUGCGGGGACGUGGGGGAUAAUCGAGGAUGAUAUGCAGAAGCGGUCUUGCAUGAGCAGGGGCGUUUGGGUCAGCA